UCCACCACCUCCUCCACCUCCUCCACCUCUCGUUCACGAUGGCCCGCGCAGCCUGGAUCCAGCGAAUAUGGACGGACCUGACCACGAAGGAAUUCCUACCGAUCAAGGCUAUUCUGUUCCUGGUUUCCGGAGCCAUGUACGUGUUGUUCCCCUUCCUGACGAUCCACGCGAGGUCCCUGGGCGUCUCGGAGAAGGAGCUGUCUCUCCUCAACGCCUUCAACCCCGUCAUCGCCCUCUUCGGCCCGCCCAUCAUCGGCAUCUUAGCGGACAGGAUCGGGAAUUUCAAGGUGUUUUUAAGCGGGAUGACGGCGCUGGGCGGACUGUCGGCAUUGCUCUAUCUGGCCAUCCCUGCGGCUCGCCAGAAGGUCCCUUUGCCUGAGUCCGUGACCUUUGACCUCGUCUGUAGUGUCGGUGACCUCCGCAGCCUGGGCCUCCAAGCUCCAGCUGAGUGUGACUUCAUUCAGGAUCUCAAGGAGUUCAAUGUUACUUUCACGAACUGUACUGAGUGUGAGGUUUUCAGAUCCGCCAGCGGCCCUCAGCCUCGCCGCGGGACUCUGGAGGGCGAGGAGGUGGCAGUGACCGUGGGCGGCGACGGCAACUCUACCCUCCUGACAGUGAACGGAUGGUCGUGUCCAGAUACGGUGAUAGAGGUAGAAGGCCUCAGCGCCCCCAGCCUCGCCACCUACAACGCGAGCACGCCCUCGGAGGUCCUCCCAUGCGCGGGCGGCUGCGUGGGCGUCUCCCGUCGCGAGGGCGUCUGCAGCAACAGCUUCACGAUGGUGGACAACUCGCCCGUCACUACCCUGGUGGGGUACCUGGUGGUGCGUCUGCUGAAUAUCUUCACCCUCGCCACGACGGGCACGCUCUUCAACGGCGCCGCUGUGGCCAUCCUGAAGCAACACGACGGAGACUACGGCCUGCAGAAGGUUUACGGAAGUCUCGGCUCUAUCGUCCUCACGCCCAUCUCCGGUCUUCUUAUCGACGUGUUCUCCGAUGUCUCCGGGAGGCAGGAUUUUAGACCCGCCUUCUUUUUGUACUUCGCCCUCAAGCUGGCAGGAUCCAUCUGCAUUCUCUUCCUCAAGCUGGACUUCAAGAUGCCGUCCAACAAAGUCAUGAAGGACUUCCGGGCGAUCGUCAAGCAACCGGAGAUCAUCACGUUCCUUAUGGUUAUGCUUAUAUCAGGAGCAUGUUUCGGAGUACUGGAUACCUUCUUGUUCUGGCUCCUGCAGGACAUGGGUGCCAAGAAGUCACUCAUGGGCAUCACGGUAUCUGUGGGCACGGCAGCGGGCAUCCCCCUCUUGCUGGUAUCUGGCCAAAUGAUUCACAAGUUGGGCCACGUCAACACCAUUAUUCUUGGGUUCGCUUUUUACGUUAUCAGGAUGUUAGGUUAUUCCCUCAUCACAAACCCGUGGUGGAGUCUGCCCUUCGAAAUGCUGGAGUGCUUCACCGUCUCCCUCAUGAGCACGGCCGCCGUUACGUACACCGCCGACCUGUCCACGCCUGCCACCAUCGCCAGUCUGCAGGGCAUGUACGGCGGAAUUCACUAUGGAGUCGGACGCGGCCUGGGCAGUCUGCUGGGCGGGUUCCUGAUCGGGCCGCUGGGCAUCCGCACCACCUUCAGACUCAUGGCCAUCGUGUGCCUCGUCACCUGCAUAACGUAUUUCGUGAUCAAUCGGUCAUUCUUCCGAAAACACCAGUUGGAGAGGAAGAAACGGCGGGCCGAGGAGAAGCAAGAGGAGAAGAAAGAGGAAGAAGCGCAGAAAAACGCAGUGAAUAUGACCGAGAAUGACCCUGAGGUCGCCAUCAAAAGUAGUUCCACAGAAAACGGUGUAACGGAAGGGAAGACCAAAAAUAACGUUGUGACGGAAGGGAAAACCAAAGAUAAGGGGGAUAAAAGCCUGAAAGAGGAGACAAAUCCUGCUUUUGAGAAUGACCAAGACAAAUAAGAUAAAAUAAAAUUGAGAUAGAUAUAAUAUUUGUGUGUAUA